AUGGCAACUGCUUUACAAACGGCAACCUGCUUUAGCUCAAAACCAAUAAUUGUGUACUAUUUGCAACAAACUUAUAAAACAUUUCAAGGUCUUAUAUGGCAUGAAAAUUCAGCUCAUCGAAUUUACAAUCAACCUCCUGCUUAUUUAAUUUCUUUACCUUCACAGCAUAUUGAACAGUUUAAAAGGCUACUA